UCAGACAGAGGACACACAGAAAGAGAAGAGCAGAAAGAAGAUAACAAUAGCACCAAAUGCAACGAACUAGGAAUCAUGGAUCUGAAAUUUACUUCAUCAAGAAAAUACAUUUCCAUCAGUGUACCUUCCAAAUCUCAAACUAUGUCUCCUCAUAUCAAAUCAGUAGAUGAUGUUGUAGUUCUUGGCAUGAAUCUCAGCAGAUUUAACAAACCUACUCAAUUUUUCAUCUGUGUUUCUGGAGUUUUUAUGUUUUAUCUAAUCUAUGGAUAUUUACAGGAAUUGAUAUUUUCAGUGGAAGGUUUUAAACCUUUUGGUUGGUACCUCACUUUAGUGCAGUUUGGAUUUUAUUCCAUUUUUGGACUAAUAGAAUUGCAGUUGAUUCAGGACAAAAGGAGAAGAAUUCCUGGCAAAACCUACAUGAUAAUAGCGUUUUUAACAGUGGGAACUAUGGGUUUGUCAAAUACCUCUUUAGGAUAUCUGAAUUACCCUACUCAAGUCAUCUUCAAGUGCUGUAAGCUGAUUCCAGUUAUGAUAGGCGGGGUUUUUAUACAAGGAAAACGUUAUAAUAUUGCAGAUGUGUCUGCUGCCCUAUGUAUGAGUCUUGGAUUAAUAUGGUUUACUUUAGCUGACAGCACAGUUGCACCAAACUUCAACUUGACAGGUGUGGUCCUAAUAUCCCUUGCCCUCUGCGCAGAUGCAGUUAUAGGAAAUGUACAGGAAAAAGCUAUGAAGUUGCACAAUGGUUCUAAUUCAGAAAUGGUUUUGUAUUCCUAUUCAAUAGGUUUCGUGUAUAUUUUAUUUGGAUUAACAUGCACUAGUGGAUUAAGCCCUGCAGUAACAUUUUGCUCAAAGCAUCCACUUCAGACUUACGGUUAUGCAUUCCUUUUCUCCCUGACUGGGUAUUUUGGCAUAUCCUUUGUUCUAGCUUUGAUUAAAAUCUUUGGUGCCCUUCUGGCUGUAACAGUAACAACAGGAAGAAAAGCAAUGACCAUUGUGCUUUCUUUUUUGUUUUUUGCAAAGCCAUUCACAUUACAGUACGUGUGGUCAGGCUUACUGGUUGUCCUUGGUAUAUUUCUUAAUGUUUACAGUAAGAAUAUGGAUAAAAUCAAAUUGCCUUCACUGCAUGGUCUUUGGAAAAAAAGUGUGGAAGAAAGGAAAACAAGGACGUUAUCACAAACUGUAUAGACAGUGGUUUAUGCCUUGUCUACACUAUGACUUAUUAUUUUAUUGGAACAGUCUUCAACUGAUUCACUUUCCAAAGGGAACAUUAUUAAAACCAAAGGAGCUGAAGGCACAUUGUCUGCUUGCAGAUUGCUAUAAAUGCACAUUUUUGUGAGCCCUUUCUUCAGAGCACUUGAAUUCAUCAUAAAAGGUGUUGUAGGCCAUUGUCCGAUGGCAUUUUCAGGCAAUGAAGGACAGCAGCUCCUGGCAAACUGCUGAGAAGCUGCACUCCAAGUGGGGCACAGUAGAAGACCAGUUUGGGCAUUUUAAUAAUAUUGGCCAUGUGGCUGAUCUGAGAUGAGUUGUUCUUUGUUAAUUGUCUAGGCGGGGUAAUUUAAAUGUAAUACUGUAUUAAUGUUUAAUGGAACCUAAUCAGCAACUGGUUGACCAAAUUGCAGUUUUAAACGUGGAAGGUUUAGAAUAUGGUAUGUUGUCACUCUUUUUCAUUUUAAAUAAAAAUGUUGGGGUUUUUUAAGUUAUUGAUUAAAUCAUCACAGAACUUGGUAUUUAUUGUAAUAAUUGAAAUUUCUAUGGAAAUUUUAUGGUGUUACUCUUUUGAUUAUUGCUUGCAAGUAACAGAAAUGAGAUUGAGUUUGUGCAGUCAACACCCAUGCAUUUACAAGGGGGGAAUGUGCUUUUAGGCCUGAACAGGUUGAGAACACAGAAUGAAAAAGUCAUGAUUGAAACAAUGAUGUAAGAAGCUGUUAUUUGCUUAUUCUGUUGUGAAAUACAAAAUUUUUAGUGGCCUGUGGCCCUCCAUAUCAUUGUGGUGUAAAGAGACAUGGAAGUCCUCUAAAUUAGCGUCAUCAAAUCAAAACUCUUCAUUUUCAAUAUUGGAGUAAAGAAUAACAGCAUCUGCUAAUGUAUAUGGAAUGUGUAUUGUGUCAGCCUGUGUGUGGUCCUGCGAUGAACUUAAGAGGAUUAGGGUACAGAUUACAAUUUUCUUUCUUUAAUGACAGGAGAAGACAAUGUACUUACUACCAGUCUGUCUUUUCAUUGUGAAUUUAGGAAGGCUAAGUCCAUUUAUCUCUCCAUAUGUUCAUAUUCAACUCACUUUUGAAUCACUUGCAUCUCUUUCAUUUUAUAUAUUUAACAAUAGCACUUUAAAAAUACUAAUCACCUUACAGUUCAUUGUUCUCAUGUGGUCAUGAUUUUUUUGUUGUUGUGUCCCUUAGAUGCAUCUUGGUAUGUGUCCUUUCAACUUAGACAAAAGUAAAUUGGGUAAUAGAAUUGUAUGGUCAGGAAUAAUAUACAAAGAAUUGAAAUAUCUCAAAGGAUUGCCAUGUGCCAAAAAUACUAGUCUAUGAAAGUGUUAAAAAUGUGCAAAAAAUUUUUCAGACAUUUAGGAAGAAUUGCUGUUCCAAGGAGCUUGUAAUCAAAGCACAGACACAAAAUGUGCCUUAAACUUUGCUUAUUGAGUUGGUAGCUAGCAUAUGCCAUAUUACGUAUGUUAUUAAAUAGAACACGGAAUAACAUAGCCAUCUUAGCACAACAGGACAAAUAAGUGGAGUGGAGAGCUGCGCUAAUGUAACUGCACUGUUUCCAGCAGUCAAGCUAUUCUGGUGUGUCAGCAAAGCCUUUCAACCCAUAUACACCCCGUGUUGCCAAGUUAGGAGAAUUUAUUGCGUGUGACAAUUUUGUUUUUUAAAUUCCCAGCUGCUGCAUGAUUGAUUGUGUCCUGGAUGAGGUAGAGAGGUGUGAAUUUGACAAACAUGUACACCUUGAAAGAGAAGGAUGGCCUGCCA